CAGAUUCCCUUUAUUCUUGUUUUUGACAGGUGAAGAUUUGGUGUCGGUUCAGUGCUCAACAUCACACGCUUUUGCACGCUCCUACUGAGGCAUUACGAUCUUGGAAGAAGUUUAAGUUACAAUUUCACCUCGUAUUAGGGUACCUGGUGUCGUCGAAAUACAGCAUUUAAAUCUAUCCGCACGCACGACCACGACACGAGCGCGAAAUCAAAAUAAAUGGCCGACCAGCCCAAGAACGAAACUCCGCCGACAUCGGCCUCUGACGCGGCGGCCACUCCUGUUUCCAGAACAGAUUCUGAAAAAGCAGCACCGACUCUACUCGAGGCCUCACAGAAAGUACCUGCGGGAGCGACUACAGGGGCCGCUGCGCAAGGAGGCGAUGACGUCGGGAAGACAAGUAGUGUGUCAGGUAAUAAUAUUUCCGGACCUCUAUGAUUUGAAAGUUGUGAGUGCAUCUUGCUGCAGUCCUGGUUGUUGCGGUGCUGACGUAGUUAUAACUUCACACUCACGUUGACGUUCACCUUCUUGAGGUUCACGUUCACGUUCACCUUGACGGUUCCGUAUCAAUGGAUUGAUGCGCAAAAUAAAAUUACUAGCUGCAGCUUGCAUUGUUCUUGACCCUCAACCUAGUCAAACUCAAUCUUAAUCCACUCCAACUGCAGGGAAGCAAGAGUCCAGCAGUGCCUCCGCCGCGGUAACCAAAUCCCAAGAAUCGGAGCAGGGCGGAGCUACUGCAGAUGAAAGGCAGGAGCCGGAAACCGCCGAUAGUACCGCACCGAAAAAAGUGACGGUUGUUCUUGUCGCAGACAGCUCUGCAGAAGUAGGCGGUGAACAACCGACAGCGGCUGAAGGAGACGGCGAUACAGAAGUAGGUGUUGAAAACACGACGACACCAUCAGGAGCAAAAGACCAGGAGAACGGGGACGAAGGUCAAGAUGAAGAAACCCAGGAAUCAUUCGCCCUCAGGACGAAAUCCUCGUACGAAAGGGAGCUUCUCGGCGACAAGUCCCUGGUACGCUACGAUGUGAUAUGCAUUGCAAACGUUGAAGUAUCGUGCAGCUCGUCGUGAAAGUCACUGCAAUUUGGCAUGACAGAUCUACUUUCUACUUGACUCAAUUUGCAUGAGAAUAAAUUUGGUUUUUUUCAUCUGAAAAAAUUCCCACUUUUUACCACGAUGCUACUUUGCAAUGCAUACGUGAGCAACACCUACGACUUCGCCCCGUUCGAGAUCGCGGACUUUGCCCGGGGGUACCACUUAGUCGAUGUUCUUGGGGACGAAAUUCUGGGGGAGCGGGGCAUCAUUAGAGUGCUGGAGAUCAUUGGGCAACAGGGUACUAUAAAGUUUUGUUGUUGUUGUAAAUCUCCAUGCAUGACGAUGUUGGUCCAUGACAAAAUCGAAUCGUGUUUCACGUCAUGCAAAUGACAAACUUGUGUGAGAAGAUUUUUAUCAAAAGAACCAAAACAGCCGAAUCCGAGUUCGUUUUCCAGACGGCACUGAACAAGACCGACCCAGAGGGCAAGGGUAUUUGGAACUUCCAGAGCUUCGUCGACAUUAUGGCGCUUUUCCGGAAACCGCCGUUGACGGAAACGGAUCUGCGGGAAACGUUCGAUCUGAUGGACCGGGAUAAGGGCGGAACCAUCUCCGCGGGAGAAUUAAGAACCAUGAUGACGUGUGUCGGGGAAUCGCUGACCACGGAGGAAUAUCAAAUGCAAAAAUAUCUGGGUCUGGAAGAAUGCAAGUUUGUCAUGCUUGUUUGGCAUGACUCGAGAAUCUGUGUUGUUCGGGCACGAAAAGGCCCUCUUCCCUGUCAUGCCAAAACGCAUUUUGCCAUGCGGAAUAAGUAAGACAUGGCAGCCAAAAAAUUUGUCAUGAAUAGCUGCGUAUUGUAGUGCGUCUAUCAUUCACUUUUAGCAUUACAAGUUUCCAGACCCAGACAUAUUUGCAAUCCAUAAGGAAGCGGAAGACAUGGUGGCCUUGGCGGAUGCGGACUGCAUAUCCCGUGCAAAAGUAUCGUACUCGUAGUAAUUGCAAAUAUGCAUGACAAAUCUUCUUCCCGAGCUAAAACAGCAUUACAAAUUUUCUUUCUCAUGCUAAGCAAAUUUGUCAUGCGAUUUAUACUAGUACGAUGCUUUUGCAUUGCAUACUGCAGUGGGGAAAUCGAUUUCCAGGAAUUCCGGUCCUUUGUCCUCUCGGGGGCGGUGUGAGGAAGUGGACAAUGGUCGUUGAUGGGGAAGCGACUUGAUUUCGAAAUUUUGCGAUUCAGAUUCUUGCGUGUAGUACUAGCUUAAGUGGACUACUUUAUUUGUGAUCUUCUGCUACAGUGAACCAAUCGCUGAGAGACAGAAAGUGUAAGAUUGAUUCAGAGGUGCCGGGUCGUGCACGAUGUCAUUUAUAUCGAAAAUUAAUGACCACAUUUUUGAGUUUGUUGAGUGAGUGAGCCGUGAGAGAAGGAGUGACCACCGACCUCCAGACUAGUCAACUACAGUAGAGGACAGAAGUUGAUUACACAAGAUAGUUUUCAAUGAUUUAGAUUUUGCAUUGUCACAGAAUUGAACAUCAUGACGCAGUAAAACAUUAUCCUGUACAAUUACAUUUGGAAAUCAUGGAGUUGUGAGCGAAUGCCAAGAACAUGUAGUAGAAUACAACCACAACGACUACAUAUUGAGAAGAAUGCGAAUGGAGAAGUGGCAAU